UUAUUCGGCGCUUCAGAGUUGAAAUUAAAAUAGCGGGAUUUUAGCCACUAUUUGUCCCCAGCUGUAAACCUGUCCAUUUCUUGUGCAUUUUUCAUUACGUGAAUAAGAUAAAAUUGUAAUGAAAAAAUGAAUCAAGCCGACGUCAGUAAAUUAAUAUCACAGCUUCGCAUUGUUGUGCGACCCAAAAACCGCAAUUUAAAAAAUCCCGACGGCCCGGAAGGGCGAUUGCUGAAGUUGCGCAAAACUGUCACCGCUUUGGUGAAACAUGAGCGAAUUGAGUUAUAUUAUAAUCGGGCAGAUGAGGCCCGUGGUUAUGCCGAACUGUUAAUAUCGAAUGCCAUACGUCAUGGGGACCGACACAAGCCGACAAUGGAGUUGGCCGAUUAUUGGCUGCUGGAAAAGCAACUAGUACAUAAACUAUUCAAAGUGCUAGUACCUCGUUAUGAUAAUUAUAAUGUGUCAUACACUCGCAUGUAUAAGGCUCCACGCGAUUAUCCGGGGAUGUAUUACAAGAAGUCGGUACUAGAGCUUCGGGGAAACCCGUAUCCUACACUAUGUGCGGAUCAAACACAAAACCGCAAUUUAUUGCACAAUGUUCUGCUUGACGAGGCGCGAAAAGAAUUUCGUCGUGAAAAAGUAGCGGAUUUGGCUAACAAGUUGAAUGUCGCAACAGAAGCACCCAAAAAAACAGUGGAAGAGUCAUCAGAUACUAUAAAACCAACAGCAAUAUAAUAAAUAAGCUUAUGCUACAAAAUGUAUUUAAGAAUA